AUGGCUUCUCCCAUCCAUCAACAACCCGUGAUUGUGGUUGGCGCAAGCUUAGUUGGUCUCUCGGCUGCCUUGUGCUUGCGCAGCCUGAAUAUCCCGACAAUUGUCCUUGAGAAGCAUUCAGGAAUAUCACAACACCCUCGAGCCAUAGGAUUCACUUCUCGGACCAUGGAGAUCUACCGAUCCCUGGGUCUUGAGAACAAAGACCCGGCGCCAGAGAAUUUCAAGCUUGAACGCGCCCAUAUUGAAAGUCUGACCGGCACAUGGCAUAAUCACUCCUUGUGGUCAGAUACGGAAAGAGGAUCCAAGGCGAAAGAGCCCCAGUCCAAGGAUGCACCGCUCUCAAAACCGAAGAAGGUCUACUCGGUGGAGCGUCCAUCAGCCAUUCCUCAAGACAAGUUGGAACCAAUGCUGGAGGCACUCGCCUUGAGAUCUGGAGCCGAUAUCCGUCGCAAGUGGACGGUCUCACAGGUGGAACAAAACGAGGAUGGAGUCAUUGUUACUACUACUGACGGAAAUGGGAUGAAACAGACAGUUCAUGGCUCCUAUCUCAUCGCUGCCGAUGGAAAUCGGAGUACUGUUCGAGAACUUCUGCAGAUCCCUCGUCAUGGCCGUGGCUACAUGCAAACCCUAAGCAGUGUCUUGUUCCGAGCUCCACUUGAGCAAUGGACUCGGGGCAUUUCUCAAUUCGACAUUAAUCAACCGGAACUGCAAGCUUUCAUGGCCUCUUACAGUGAUGGACGAUGGGCUCUGAUGUUUAAAGACUCCAUCGAUCGUGACGAGAGCAGCCUUCGAGCUGCCAUUUUCAAAGCCGUUGGGGCAACGGAUUUCCCUCUUGAAAUCCUGACCACCGGACGCUGGGAGCUCACUGCUCUCGUCGCCGACACGUUUCAGCAAGGCAGAGUUUUCCUUGCCGGAGAUGCUGCCCAUACACUGCCCCCCAAUCGAGGCGGUUAUGGCGCGAACACAGGCAUUCAUGACGUGCACAAUCUUGCCUGGAAGCUUGCCGCUGUUUUGUCGGGCCAAGCCUCUCCCGAAUUGCUGGACACGUACGACACGGAAAGACGUCCGGUGGCACUGUUGCGACAUGAUCAGAUCUUUGUCCGCGCGGAUUACAAAAUUCAUCUGGAUGCCGCCACUCCCGUUGGCGAGAAGAUUGAUGAUGAUGCAAUGGAAUUCGGCCAGAUUUACGUUUCCGAUGCAAUCAUCGGUGCUGACGAGCAUUUGCCUCGAGCUAAGAAACCCGACGAGUGGGCUGGUCAGCCUGGAACGCAUAUUCCACAUCUUUGGCUGUUGCGACAGGGGGUCAAAAUACCCAUUAUCGAUCUUCUCGAGAGAGGCACAUGGAUCCUGCUUGCCGAGUCAGGGUCAGAAGCGUGGAGGGAUGCAGUCGAAUUUGUGAAUGAAAAUUCUUCGGUUCCAUUGAAAUGCUUCUCGCUGGGUGAAGAGGUGCAGCUUUUCGAUCCAAGCGACUUCCAGAAAUUCUUUGGAGUCUCCGACUCUGGUGCCGCUCUGAUUCGACCGGAUGGCUACAUUGCUUGGCGCGCCGAGGAAGUUCCUUCUAAUGCAGGGCAGUUGUUACAAGAAGCAUUUUCGAGGGUUUCUUUCAGUUGCUAG